AUGCUGCUCCCCGAUGCCCCAUCUUCGCUAGACUUCGAUCCUCACCGAAUCCGUACGGAGCAGGCUGAUGACGAAAAACGGACCCACCACACCAGCCAAUCCCAUUCCCACGCGCGGAAUUCAGCGUUUUGUCUUCUUUUUCCGUACAGCACCCCUCGCUACUCUCUCAACCAACCGACUUUUGAGUCCCCUGUUCUCCGCGAAUUGGUUGCUGUUGCCGUCCGCUGGCCUCCUUGCCACAACUGCGUCUUUGACAGCCACGGAUCCGUUACCGACACGUCGUUCGAUUCGAAGCGCGACACGUUCGUGAGCAAAGCGACUCGUACGCGUCUCGACUCCCUUUCUGUCCACACUCUUUUCCACUCCUCUCUACCCACCACCGCGACACCCGGUCAGCGCGUAGUCGGUCGCUGCGCGUGCGCAUUACUACCAUCACAACCACACGAUACCGACAAGCUGGACUCCGCGAUAGAACCGUCCCCCAUGUCCCAAGAACAGCCAGCUGUUCAAGCGCCUGCAGACCCGGCCCUCUUGCCGGCGCCUGCUGCGGAAGCCCCCGCCUCCGUCAAGACCGAGAGUGAGUCGCAGCAAGCCAUUGCCGAGCAGGUCGCGUCCGCGCUGCCUGCCGCCCUUGAGGCCGAAGCUGUGCGCCAGAACCCAGUGACAACGGCUCCUGAAGUUCCAGCUCAGGCUGUUCCCGCGCCCCAGGACCCUUCGACUCAAGUGCAACCACAGCAGCCUCAGUCAGUCGCCCCAGCCCAGCCGCAGCCUGUCCCUCAAGCGCAGCCCCAACCUCAGAUUCAAGCUCCUCCCGUUCAACCACCGCAAGCGCAGCCUCAGCUGCAGCAGGCCCAGCCUGAGGCUCACGCUGCUCUGAAUAUUGUCCCUCCUGUUGCACCCGUCGCCAGUCAACCGGCGAAUACCCAGCCUAGGCCUGUCGCCAUUGCGCCAGCCACCAUGUAUCCCGCGGGCACGUCGCCGGCCAGCACUGCUCCUGCGCCAGGCGGUAAUCUGCCCACCUGCCAGAACUGCGGCACCAGCACUACCCCGCUAUGGCGACGCGACGAGACCGGCGCGGUCCUGUGCAAUGCCUGCGGCCUCUUCCUCAAGCUUCACGGCCGUCCUCGGCCCAUCUCCCUUAAGACCGACGUCAUCAAGAGCCGGAACCGUGUAAAAACCAUGCGCCCCGACCUAAAGCAGAAAAAGGCCCAACAGCAUGCUCAAGCCCAAGCCCAGGCCCAGGCCCAGCGCCAUGAUCUCCCUCCCGACAUGAACGGCGCCGACCUUGCGAACGCCGUUAACGGAGCCGCGGCCGCGGCAGCCGCGGCAGCCAGCCUGAGCGCCCGCCGCGCAUCGCAGAAGCCCAACGGCGUUGACGACAACUCGCCCAUCUCUCGCACCGGCACCCCGAACCUCUACGCUUCCCACCUCCCCCACAUAUACCAAAACGUCGACGACCAGUUCCAGGCGCAACAGCUUUCCGGGUUUGUCGGCCCCGACGGCCGCGCCCCCUCCCCUCUCAACGGCGAGCAGAUGCCGCAGACGACAGAGCAGCUGCUCGCGACAAACGCCAGCUUGAAGACACGCGUUAGUGAGCUCGAAGUGAUUCAGGAGCUGUAUCGUGGCCGGAUUCAGCAGCUGGAGCAGGAGGAGGCGAAUAGGCAGGUCGCGGAGAAGAAUAAGAAUGAGGCGGAGCAGCAGCUGAGGGCGCAGUUGGAGAGUGUGACAAAGGAACUGGAGGAGAGUCAUCGGCGGGAAAAUAUGCUCAAGCGGAGGUUGGAUGAGUUGGAGGUUGAGUUGAAGGAGGCGAAGGAGGCGGCCAAGGCAGCGCAAGAGGAGUUGAGGAAAGUUAAGGAGGAGUUAGAGGCAAAGGAGAGCGAAAGGCCCGCGAAGAAGCAGAGGGUUGAGGAACCGCAAGUGAAGAGUGAAGAGCAGGUCGCGGCGAGCACGUCAUAG